AUGCCGAGCCAGGCCGYGGCCUCGUCCUUCACGCAGCAGCCGCACGACCAGGUGGUGGUGGCCGGGCAGCCCGUGACGCUGCUCUGCGCCAUCCCCGACUACACCGGCAUCGUGCUCUGGAUCAAGGAUGGGCUCGCCCUCGGCGUCGGACGGGACCUCUCCAGUUAUCCGCGCUACCUUGUGGUAGGAGACCACCUCUCCGGGGAGCAUCACCUGAAGAUCCUGCGAGCAGAUCUGCAGGAUGACGCCGUGUACGAGUGCCAGGCCAUCCAGGCGGCCCUUCGCUCCCGGCCUGCCCGCCUCACGGUCCUCGUCCCUCCGGACGAGCCCGUCAUUCUGGGYGGGCCGGUGAUCAGCCUGCGGGCCGGGGACCCCCUCAACCUCACGUGCCGCGCCGACAACGCCAAGCCGGCGGCCUCCAUCAUCUGGCUGCGCCGAGGCGAGGUCGUCAACGGAGCCACCUACUCCAAGACGCUGCUGCGCGACGGCAAGAGGGAGAGCAUCGUGAGCACGCUCUUCCUGGCGCCCUCCGAGCUGGAGAACGGCGAGCGCGUCGUGUGCCGCGCCGCCAACAAAGCCGUUCCCGCCGGCAAGGAGACGGCCGUCACCAUCGACAUCCAGCAUCCGCCGCUGGUCAACCUGUCYGUGGAGCCGCAGCCGGUGCUGGAGGACAACACGGUGAAGUUCCACUGCUCGGCCAAGGCCAACCCCGCCGUGACCCAGUACAGGUGGGCGAAGAAAGGCCAGGUGAUAAAGGAAGCGUCGGGCGACUUCUACGAGACGGUCGUGGACCACACGUUCUUCUUCGAGCCGGUCUCCUGCGAGGUGACCAACGCGCUGGGCAGCACCAACAUCAGCCGGACCGUGGACGUCUACUUCGGGCCCCGCAUGGCCACCGAGCCGCAGUCGCUGCUCGUCGACCUGGGCUCCGACGCCGUCUUCGACUGCGCCUGGAGCGGGAACCCGUCCCUCACCAUCGUCUGGAUGAAGCGGGGCUCCGGCGUGGUGCUGAGCAACGAGAACAAGCUGACGCUGCGGGCGGUGCGGCAGGAGGACGCCGGGCGCUACGUGUGCCGCGCCGUGGUGCCGCGCGUCGGCGCGGGCGAGCGCGAGGUCACGCUCACCGUCAACGGGCCGCCCAUCAUCUCGAGCACGCAGACACAGCACGCGCUGCACGGCCAGAAGGGGCAGAUCAAGUGCUUCAUCCGCAGCACCCCGCCGCCCGACCGCAUCGCCUGGUCCUGGAAGGAGAACGUGCUGGAGUCGGGCACAUCCGGGCGCUACACGGUGGAGACGGUGAGCACCGACGAGGGCGUCAUCUCCACGCUCACCAUCAGCAACAUCGUGCGUGCCGAUUUCCAGACCAUUUACAACUGCACCGCCUGGAACAGCUUCGGCUCCGACACGGAGAUCAUCCGGCUCAAAGAGCAAGGUACGGAAAUGAGAUCAGGAGCUGGUAUGCACGCAGAGUCGGUGCCCAUGGCCGUGGUCAUCGGCGUGGCCGUGGGCGCCGGCGUGGCCGUCCUCGUGCUCCUGGCCACCAUCGUCGCCUUCUGCUGCGCCCGCUCCCAGAGAAACCUCAAGGGGGUGGUGUCGGCCAAGAACGACAUCCGCGUGGAGAUCGUGCACAAGGAGCCGGCCGCGGGCCGCGACGCCGACGAGCACCCCGCCAUCAAGCAGCUCAUGCUGGACCGCGGCGACUUCCAGCAGGACUCGGUGCUCAAGCAGCUCGAGGUGCUCAAGGAGGAGGAGAAGGAGUUUCAAAACCUGAAGGACCCCACCAACGGCUACUACAGCGUGAACACGUUCAAGGAGCACCCGGCGGCGGGCGGCGCGGCGCUGGCGGGCGCCCCGGCCGAGCUGCGCCCGCCCGGCAAGCAGCGCGUGCCCACGGGCAUGUCCUUCAGCACCCUCUACAGCACCCUGAGCGGCCCGGGCCGCCUCUACGACUACGGGCAGCGCUUCGUGCUGGGCAUGGGCAGCAGCUCCAUCGAGCUGUGCGAGCGCGAGUUCCAGCGGGGCUCGCUCAGCGACAGCAGCUCCUUCCUCGACACGCAGUGCGACAGCAGCGUGAGCAGCGGCGGCGGCGGCCGCGCGGACGCCUACGCGCAGUUCGACAAGGCCAGCAAGGCGUCCGCCUCCUCCUCGCACCACUCGCACUCGUCCUCGCAGAACUCGGACCCCAGCCGCCCGCUGCAGCGGCGCAUGCAGACGCACGUGUGAGCGGCGGCGCCCGC